AACCAAGUUUCAUACUUCAAAGUGUUCCCAGAUUUGACAGCGAGUAGACGCAAUUCUAAAAAUCUCGCAUCGCGUAUUUUUUCCAAACUAUAAUUCCUCGCGUUUAACCAACAAAAAUUCCAAUCAAACUAUACAAAUAACUCUGCCACAGAUGGAUUAUCUCAUAGUGCAAUAGUUAUAACAAUAAAUUUCAAUCAAUUUUACCAUUAAAACGUCAAUUUUUCUCUCAACCAAAUUCGAAGAAAUCCUCUUUUGUGUAGAAGAAGAGAAAAAGAUCAAAAGUGCCGAAAAUUUAUAUAUUUGUGUGUUAUUCAACAUUAACUAUACUGCUCUCGCUCGCACCUGAUCAUUUUGCACUUGGUGUUUUAUUUUUUGAGUGCUUUGUUGGGAUAUAUAUCUUGCUUUUUUUUUUGGCUUUGUUGAGUGUGGAAAUAUUUUACUACAAUUUUGUGUUUGUUUAUUAUUUUUCUCAAAACUUGUGUGUGUUAUUUGCCCUUUCCCUUCCACACUUGAUUUACUUUCUCGUGUGUGACAGAGACUUGUCUAUGAAUAAAUUUUAUCAAAAAAAAAAAAAAACCAUCACAUAACAGAACGAAAUGUGUGGGAGUUUUGAGUAGAAAUUCCCUUCGAGUCAAAAUAUUGUUUGUCUGAACGAAACCAUUUGGUAGUACUGAAUUGCAAUACAUCAAAAACAAAAAAUUGAGUCUUGUGUUAAAAAUGUUUUGCUUUCUAUUUUUAAGCGCUUUUCUAAGUACCGAAAUGACAAGAAGUGAAUUGCUGUAGGUUGUGCGCAAAGUAGGGACAUUCAUAGUCCAUCCUUUCAUAUCACCAACAACAACAACAACAAAUCACCAACUGUCAACUUUUUUACAUUGAAGUGUCCUUGCGCCUGCCGUCACUCAUCGUCGUCGUCAUCGUGUCGUCAUACAUCACAACAACAACGUCACAGUCAUCUGUUAUCAUCGCUUGCUGUUGCAUCUUUUGCAUCAUUUACGUUUCAUUACUGUGCCACACUUUGUAUCGUGUUGUGCAUUCGUUUAGUGUAGGUGUAUUAAAUUGUGUUUUUUCUUUGCCAUUAUAUUAUGCACUUGCUAAUUUGAAUAAAAUAAAAUUAAAAAUAAGAAAAAGGAAAUUUUAUCUCUCGCCGAAUGAUAAAAACAAAAGAAUUUCGAAAUUUGUAAAUUUUUAUUAAAUUAUACAUUCGCCGCCGAAUGGGAACGAGAAUGGCUUGGAAGCCAUUAGCAGUUGGAGGACAAUGGAUAUGCCAAAGUUUUGUGAUAUUUAUAUUAGGACUUCUUCUAAGACAACAAUGUGUUCUCACUGCCUCUACUACUUCCACUACCAGUUUAACGACAACGUCAACGACGACAGCUCUAUCAACAACUCCAAUGGUUCAUAAUUCGCCAGCAACACUUCUCUUUACCACUUAUCGUGACAUAAAAGUGGCAAAUAUUACCCGGUUAGCCGGUACACCAGCGGUCGAUGUGAUAGCUAAAGAUCUGAUGGAAACUAUGGCCAUUGAUUUUUACUACGAGAAAAAUCUAGUGUGUUGGGCCGAUUGUGGCCACGAGAUUAUCGAGUGCAUCAAUAUCAGUUCGACUACCAACACAAAACCUUUGAAGCAGACUGUAAUUUCAUCAGGUCUUGACAAACCAGAGGGGCUAGCGAUUGAUUGGUAUACUGAUAAAAUUUAUUGGACGGAUGGCGAAACUAAUCGAAUUGAAGUUGCAACACUCAAUGGUAAAUUUCAGAAAGUACUAUUCUGGGCAGACCUAGAUCAACCUCGUGCGAUAGCGUUAGUUCCGAAAAGUCGUCUAAUGAUUUGGACAGAUUGGGGUGAUAAUCCGAAAAUAGAACGUGCCAGUAUGGAUGGUGAUCCAUUAUCACGCAUGACUCUGAUUAAAGAUGAUCUCUUUUGGCCAAACGGAUUAACUGUCGACCUUGAAAAUGAACUAAUCUACUGGGUUGAUGGAAAAUUCUUAUUUUUGGAUGUUAUGAACUUGGAUGGAAGUGGCCGCAAAACGGUUAUAAACAAUUUGAAAUAUCCCUAUAGUUUGACUUUCUUUGAUCAGCGUCUCUAUUGGACGGAUUGGUCUUUGGGAUCGAUCAACACUUACGAUCUAGUCACCAAGGAAAUGAAGGAAUUAAUCGAUACUCCUGAAUUCCCUAUUGCCGUUAGAGCUUGGGACCGUUCCUUACAGCCUUUUGAAGAUAAUCCAUGUGCCCAUAACAAUGGAAACUGUUCGCACCUCUGCUUGUUAUCAACUAAUGCCCAAGGAUAUAGCUGUGCAUGUCCGACGGGAGUGAAACUCCUAACGCCAUUUACUUGUGCCAAUGGAUCCCAGGAGAUGCUUUUUCUUGUACAACGAACUCAGAUCAGUAAGAUAUCAUUAGAUCUACCUGACUUUACUAUAUUUCCGCUUAGUCUUGGUAAGGUUAAAUACGCAAUUGCCAUUGACUAUGAUCCAGUAGAAGAAUAUAUCUACUGGUCAGAUGUUGAGCUCUUCGCAAUACGGCAGGUUCACCCUGAUGGGACGGGGUUACAGGACUUCCUAACUUCGGAAGUUAAACAUCCAGAUGGUCUAGCAGUCGAUUGGUUAGCUAGAAAUCUGUAUUGGACGGAUUCAGAAACUGAUCGUAUUGAAGUUUGCCGUCUCGAUGGAUCGGCAAGGAAGGUUUUAAUCUAUGAGCAUCUGGAAGAACCUAGAGCAAUUGCACUAGCUCCAAGUCUAGGAUGGAUGUUUUGGAGCGAUUGGAAUGAAAAGAAACCAAAGGUCGAACGAUCAUCUUUGGAUGGAUCUGAGAGAGUAGUAUUAGUAUCAGAAGAUUUGGGUUGGCCAAAUGGAAUUGCGUUAGAUAUUGAAGCAAAGACUAUAUAUUGGUGUGAUGGAAAAACAGAUAAGAUUGAAGUAGCCAGUAUGGACGGGUCCGACAGGAGAGUAGUCAUAAGUGAGAAUUUGAAACAUCUUUUCGGUCUCAGUCUUUUGGAUGACUAUCUCUAUUGGACCGAUUGGCAAAGGCGAUCAAUUGAUCGGGCUCACAAAAUCACUGGGAAUAAUCGGAUUACGGUGGUUGAUCAAUUUCCAGACUUGAUGGGUUUAAAAGUGACACGUUUAAGGGAAGUUAAGGGGACCAAUGCGUGUGCAAUCAAAAAUGGAGGCUGUUCCCAUCUUUGUCUAAACAGACCUCGAGACUAUGUCUGCCGAUGUUCGAUAGAGUAUGAACUGGCUAAUGACAAGAAAACCUGUGUAAUCCCGGAGGCUUUUCUUUUAUUUUCUCGCCAAGAGCACAUUGGUAGGAUUUCUAUAGACUACAAUGAAGGGAACCAUAACGACGAUGUGAUUCCAUUUAAAAACGUUCGUGACGCCCAUGCUCUAGAUGUUGAUGUUGCAGAACGUAGAAUAUACUGGACCGACCAGAAGUCAAAAUGUAUUUAUAGAGCUUUUUUAAAUGGUUCCAUUGUACAGCGGAUAGUUGACGCUGGUUUAAUUCGACCCGAGGGAAUAGCUGUUGAUUGGUUGGCACAUAACAUUUAUUGGACAGAUUCGGAAGCAAGACGAAUAGAGGUCGCUCGUUUGGAUGGAACCAGUAGAAAAGUUCUACUUUGGAAAGGAAUCGAGGAGCCACGUAGUUUGGUCUUGGACCCUAAGAAAGGUUACAUGUAUUGGACUGAAUCUCCGUCAGAUUCUAUACGCAGAGCUGCAAUGGAUGGUUCCGAGUUGAUGACGAUCAUUUCAGCAGCAAAUCAUGCUACUGGACUAACUUUAGAUCCAGAAACAAGACGUCUUUAUUGGGCUUCGCAGAGCAGGCCAACCAAAAUCGAAUCGGCCGACUCGGAUGGAAAAAAGAGACAAGUUCUUGUCGGAACGGACGUGGACGAGCCAUAUGCUGUAUCACUCUAUCAGGAUUAUGUUUACUGGAGUGAUUGGAAUACAGGAGAUAUUGAAAGGGUUCAUAAAAUAACUGGACAAAACAGGAGCUUAGUGCAUAAUGACAUGACUUACAUUAGCUCUCUGUUGAUUUUUUACAAUAAUCGACAAACUGGAACAAAUAUUUGUCGAGUUAAUAAUGGUGGUUGCUCGCAUCUUUGCCUGGCACUGCCUGGAAGACGAUCGAUGGUUUGUGGAUGUCCGACACACUUUACAUUAGCAAAAGACAAUGUGGGAUGUUUGCCACCAAGAAAUUACAUCAUAUUCAGUCAAAGAAAUUCAUUUGGACGUUUGCUACCAAAUACUUCGGACUGUCCCGACGUUCCUCUACCAGUUAGUGGAAAGAAUGUUCGUGCUGUGGAAUAUGAUCCUAUUACUAAUCAUUUGUAUUGGGUCGAAGGCCGAAGUCAUAGCAUAAAAUGGUCUCCAGUGAACGGAACGCGAGUCACAACAUUGGUUGGUUCAGGAUCACAACCUUUUGAUAUUGCAAUUGAUGUUAUUGGAAGGCUUCUCUUUUGGACUUGUUCUCAUACAAAUACAAUUAAUGUGACUAAUUUCAAAGGUGAAUCAAUUGGAGUCAUCGACACUGGUGACUCAGAGAAACCACGUAAUAUUGCAGUUCAUGCAAUGAAGCGUCUACUUUUCUGGACAGAUGUUGGCAGUCAGCAAGCGAUUAUGAGAUCCCGAGUGGAUGGUGCUGAACGUGUCAUAUUAGCUUUUAAAUUAGAAGGAGUCACUGCUUUGGCAGUAGAUCAACAAACUGAUAUGGUAUUCUAUGCUCAUGGCAAACGAAUUGAUUCCAUGGAUAUUAACGGGAAGAAUAAAAAAAUUCUAGUCUCAACUCAUAUUAGCCAAGUUAUUUCCAUAGCAGCCUUACAAGGAUUUGUGUAUUGGCUUGAUGAUAAGACUGGUGUUGAGCGUGUAACAAUAACUGGUGAGGGGCGACGACCUGAGAUCCAACGCCUAUCACAAAUCACUGACAUUGUUGCUGUUUGGACCCCAGAGUCCAAACUCUUUCGUAAUCACACCUGUCUGCAAGCCAAAAAUAAGUGUUCACACAUUUGCAUUGCAUCGGCAGAGGGUCGAUCCAGAGAUAUCUGUUCCUGUCCACAAGGUUUAAUGCUUUUAGAAGAUAAGCAAAACUGCAGUGCUCUUCCAGCAUGUGGGCCCGAUUAUUUUACUUGUGCAGCACCAGUGUCGGGUAGUGGGCCAAAUAAUGAUCACAAUAAAGACUGUAUUCCAGCUUCUUGGCGUUGCGAUGGUCAAAAUGACUGCCCUGACAAAUCAGAUGAAGUUGGGUGUCCGUCAUGUCGACAAGAUCAAUUCCGAUGUCAAUCAGGUGAAUGUAUUGAUAAGAGCCUGGUAUGUGACGGAACUACAAACUGUGCCAAUGGACAUGAUGAAGCCGACUGCUGCAAGCGCCCUCAGGAUUUCCAAUGUCCAAUUAAUAAAGUUUGCAUUGCCUCUUCAGAUCUGUGCGAUGGAUGGGAUCAUUGUGCAGAUGGAGCUGAUGAAAGCCCCGAGAUUUGUAGUCAAACUAACCCUCGACCUAUAGUUCCAGCUUCUGAUAAAAAGGCAUUUAUGAUUCUUAUCGUGGCGACAAUGAUUACCAUCUUCUCGAUAGUAUAUAUCCUCCAGUUUUGUCGUGCUCGCUUAGGAAAGAACCGAAACGAACCUAAAGAUGACCAAGCGUCUGAUCCCCUUUCACCAACACUUAGCAAAAGUCAAAGAGUUUCAAAGAUAGCUUCAGUCGCAGACGCAGUUAGAAUGUCCACUCUUAAUAGCCGAAACAGCAUGAACAGUUAUGAUCGGAAUCACAUCACAGGUGCGUCCAGUUCAACGACAAAUGGCAGUAGCAUGGUAGCGUAUCCCAUUAAUCCGCCACCUAGUCCAGCGACCCGAAGCCGUAGACCUUAUCGACACUACAAAAUCAUCAACCAACCACCCCCGCCAACGCCAUGCUCGACAGACAUUUGCGACGAAAGUGAUUCAAACUAUACCAGCAAAAGCAAUAGCAACAAUAGCAAUGGCGGCUGUGUGGGAGGCGGCAGUGGCAGUGGUGCCACAAAACUGUCUUCCUCAGCGCAAUAUAAUUACGAUAGUGAACCAUAUCCGCCGCCACCCACACCUCGAUCACAUUACCACAGUGAUGUGCGAAUAGUGCCCGAGAGUUGUCCGCCAUCACCGAGUUCUAGGAGUUCAACGUAUUUUUCUCCUUUACCUCCACCGCCGUCACCAGUGCAAUCACCCAGUCGAGGGUUCACGUAACAGUUCGAGAUUUUCAUGUAAGAAUUUUAAUUUUAGUGUAAAAAGUUAAGCCUAGAUAUAAAUAAUAUUUAAGGAACAAAAAGUUAUUUUAAUUUUACUGUUGAGAAUUAUUACCGUGUAUUGUUUUGUUUUGUUUUUUUUUUUUUUUGUAUUUAAAAAAAAAACCAUAACGAAAAAUAUAAAUGUCUGUAAAACUAUGUGCCAAAUAUACAAGAGGUUUUAAUAUAAAGCUAUUAAUAGAAAAAAUAAUACAAAACUUUGACAGGUAUAGAACGCAAAAAAAAAUAUUUUAAAUGUAGCCCAUAAGCGACAAAAUUUUUCAUGCUACUCAUCUUCUGAAGGCAUUUAAACUGCACUUGCAGCUUAUAAUACCUUUUUACUGAUGAUCGAAAAAUGGUCUAUUUAGGUUGAAUAAGAUAUGAACACCAAACUUAAUUAUCAGAUAACAAGGUACAUACGUAAUAAUCAUUUUCAUUCAUUAUAUUCUCAGUGAAAUUUCAAAUUUUUAACCCCGCCAUCCCCCUUUUAUCAAUGAUUUUUUCAUUCAAGCCAUGUGGUUCAGAGCGCACGGCAUAAUGCUUUGCUUAACUAAUGUUGAACGAAGCACGCAUAUGCGCAUUAUAACAAGUUUUAUGGAACUGUGUGUUUUCCUGCACUCACAUACCAUUAUGGCAAUAACGUUGCAUAAUUACAAAUAAAAGUAGCCACAUUGGAUAGCGGCCGAAAUUUAUUCUGGUGGCGUUAGUAUCACCCUAUGAGGUUUGUGAAUUAAAUGAAUUAAAAAAAAUGAAUUUUUAAAGGAGGUUUACAAAAAAUGAUUAGUUGAGGCGCAACCCUAUAGUAUAGUUCAUCUUUCUCCCGGUGCCGAUAUGGCGCAUGAGUAAUCUACUCUAACACUUCUAUUUGUAACAAUUUAUUCAAUGGCAUUGCUCAUUAGUCCAUGUUACUUGUUAACUCAUGUCUAUUUUAGGCGGGCAUUUUUUUGAACAAAAUAGGUAUCACUUAACUUGCUGCCCUUAAAACAUUUUAAAUAACAUAAUGCUGAUAUACAUAUUUGUUUUUGUUUGUAUCUAAAAUAUUACUGCGUUUUUCUGUACUAACAUUAGCCGAGUUUCUUGGGGCUAAUUUAUCUACUACUAAGUAGUUAAAGCUAAAAAAAAAGAUUUAAGAUCAGUUAAUUUAAAUUAAAAAGAACAAAAUUAGUUUUUUUACCAAUGCAAGCCCCCUUAAUUCUCUCUAACUUAUUCUACUCAGCUGAGGCUAACUAAACUUCUGUUCUAGUCUUUAAUAUUUCAUGCACGUGAUCAUUGACAGUCUUAACCUCUACUUAAUAUUUACUCUUACCUCUAGACUUCAAUGUAUUUUCCAAAGUUUAAGUGGACUUAACUAAAAUAACUGAGGUCGUUGAUGUAGUUUGAUAAGAAAAGGCCACAAGGUAAAAUGAAUAUGUACAAUUUUUAAUAAAGAAAAUCGGCUACAGGCUACAGAAAAAAUUAAUAAACAUAAAGCAUUAUAAAGUAAAAUCAUUUUUUUUUUUUUAAUUUAAAUUGUUCUUUCUUUUGAAGUUCAAAAAGUGGAAAAACCGUAUAUAAAUAAUGACUUCCAUCACAAUUUGAAAAAAAUAUUCUAUCUUUUAAAAAUAAACCGUUUGCGAAGUCGAAUAAAUUCAAAGACAUUAAAUUCGCAUAGUGGUAAAAAAAAUUGUGCCACAGAAAUAUUACUUUAUUAGUACUUUCGAGUUUAAUUAACUAUAAACACAAGAAAGUAUACGGCAGCCUUGGAUUUUAUAUGACAAUUUGAAUGCGAAACUUUGUUACAAAGUAUUUGAUCAGCUUCUGUGUUAAUAUUUUAUAUCUGUCAAAUGUUUUUAUUAUACAAUAACCCAAUAACAGAACGAGCUUAAAGUUGUUGAUAAUAUUUUUAUAAACAUAAUUUUUGUUUUAAUAAAAAUGUAUUAUAAAAUGUAAAUAGUUUAUUUUCAUGUAUUAAUAUAGUCUCUAAGCGUAAAUUUAAAAAAAAAAUUAAAAAGAAAAAAAAAAACAAAUUUAACCAAAAAGUGCCUCAUUUUUUAGACAAAAAAAAAAAACAACAACGUAAAUAUAAUUACAGAACAUCACUUAGAUAAAUUAUAUUAAAUUUUUAAAAUAAUUAUUUUUGUUAAAACCUUAAACAAAAUUAUCGAACUUGUUUUUUUUUUAUAAAAAAAAAUUGUUACUCCUGCAUAUAUUUUUAUUUUUCUAAAUAUAACAACAAAAUUGUUGUAACUGUCUUUUAAGUACAAAAAAUAAAAAUUAUAUUUUAUGAGUAAUUAACAACUUAAAACAGUUUUGUGUCAAAUUAUAAAUAAAAACAAGCAAGUUUUACGUUAAUUAUGUGUGUAUAUUAAAUUGUAAUUGCAAAAAAAAAAAGAAAGAAAUGUUUACGCUAAUCAUAUUAAAAUGCAAUUAAAUGUUCAAAGACUGAUUACUGACAAAAAUAUUAAAUAAAUACAAAACGAAUUGAUGAUGCCGUAGUCUCUCUUAGACUUAAAGAUUAUGUUUCGGCAAAACUUCCAUAAGUAAACCUUUUGGAAUACAUACAUA